AUGGCCGGCAUUCGCCGCGCCCCCGCGCUCCUCCUGCUGCUCGCCCUCGCGUGCACCCCCGCCCUGGCCGCGCGCGACGUCUCCAGCAGCGCCGCCAAGGCGAAGACCAAGUACCCCUCGGGCCCGGCGCCCGGCAAGAAGCCGGCCAAGCCGUACGUGCCACCAGCCACCAAGCCCCCCGGGUCGGGCGCCGUCGACGGAGGCGGGAUGCCCGCCAUCCCCGGCUUCGGCACCAUCCCCGGGUUCACCGUGCCCGGGAUGGGGGGCGGGUGGGGCGGGGGCUACGGCGGGCCCGACGGCGGGUACUCGCGCGGCGGCGUGGCGGCCUCCACCACCGUCUGCUCCGAGAAGGGCCCCUGCUACAAGAAGAAGCUGACGUGCCCCAAGAAGUGCUUCUCCUCCUACAGCGGCGCCGGCAAGGGGUACGGCGGCGGCGGCGGCGGGGGCGGCUGCACCGUCGACUGCAAGACCAAGUGCAUCGCCUACUGCUGA